AUGGCGUUCGCUGCGCACGCGGCUCACCAAUUGGCGGCUUCCUCCAGCUUUCUGGCUGGGUCGUCUCUACCUUUUAACAGCAGAAAGUUCGCCAACAGGAGCGUUCGGCCCUCUUUGACCGUCAGAGCAAAUGUGGACGUCAGCCCGGAGGACCAUGCUUUGGAGAUCAUGCGGAAGUUCAGCGAGCAGUACGCGCGACGCACGGGCACGUAUUUCUGCGUUGAUAAGGGUGUGACGUCCGUUGUGAUUAAGGGAUUGGCAGAGCAUAAGGACACUCUCGGAGCGCCGUUGUGCCCGUGCAGGCACUAUGACGACAAGGUGGCUGAGGCGCAACAAGGCUUUUGGAAUUGCCCAUGUGUGCCGAUGAGGGAGAGGAAGGAGUGCCACUGCAUGCUCUUUCUCACGGAGGACAAUGACUUCGCUGGCAGAGAGCAGGCUAUCACUUUGAACGAGAUCAAGGACUUCACAGCUGGUUUCUAG